AUGGCGAUUUUCUUUACAUCUCCCCUCUUCUUUCUCAUCAUCCUUUGUUUCUCUAUCUCCGUGGUUCACUUGUCAGCAUCACCAACUCUUGUUCUCAAUCUCGUUCAUUCCUACCACAUAUACUCUCGAAAACCACCACAUGUCUAUCAUAUCAAGGAAGCGUCGGUCGAACGUCUAGAGUACUUGAAAGCCAAGACAACUGGAGAUAUCAUUGCACACCUUUCCCCUAACGUCCCUAUCAUCCCACAAGCUUUCUUAGUGAACAUAUCAAUAGGUAGCCCACCAAUCACACAACUUCUCCACAUGGACACGGCUAGUGAUCUUCUAUGGAUACAAUGUCUUCCUUGUAUCAAUUGCUAUGCUCAAAGUCUUCCUAUUUUCGAUCCUUCUCGAUCUUAUACUCACCGCAACGAAACAUGUAGAACAUCUCAAUACUCUAUGCCUAGCUUAAAAUUCAAUGCAAACACAAGAUCUUGCGAGUAUUCCAUGAGAUACGUGGAUGAUACAGGGAGCAAAGGCAUACUAGCUAGAGAAAUGUUGCUGUUUAAUACAAUCUACGAUGAGUCUUCGUCAGCUGCUUUACAUGACGUUGUUUUUGGUUGUGGCCAUGAUAACUACGGUGAGCCUCUAGUUGGAACCGGCAUUCUCGGUUUAGGGUAUGGUGAAUUCUCGUUGGUUCAUAGAUUUGGUAAAAAGUUCUCAUACUGCUUUGGAAGCUUAGAUGAUCCUUCUUAUCCACAUAACGUCUUAGUCUUGGGAGAUGAUGGUGCCAACAUUUUGGGAGAUACCACACCGUUAGAGAUCCACAAUGGUUUUUAUUACGUUACAAUCGAAGCCAUAAGCGUGGAUGGAAUCAUUCUCCCGAUCGAUCCACGUGUAUUCAACCGUAAUCACCAAACCGGUUUAGGCGGUACAAUAAUCGACACGGGAAAUUCAUUAACAAGCCUAGUCGAAGAAGCUUACAAGCCAUUGAAGAACAGAAUUGAAGAUAUUUUUGAAGGAAGGUUUACGGCAGCGGAUGUGAGUCAAGAUGACAUGAUUAAAAUGGAGUGCUACAAUGGAAACUUUGAGCGAGAUUUGGUCGAGUCUGGAUUUCCGAUUGUAACGUUUCAUUUCUCAGAAGGAGCAGAGUUGUCAUUGGAUGUGAAGAGUUUGUUCAUGAAGCUUUCACCAAAUGUUUUCUGCUUAGCCGUGACUCCUGGUAAUUUGAACAGCAUUGGUGCGACGGCUCAACAGAGUUAUAACAUAGGCUAUGAUCUCGAAGCAAUGGAGGUUUCUUUUUAG